AUGAUUAACAGCACAACAGAAGACACUUGGUGUUUUGGUUACACCGUUAUAUUUUUAGCUACAGAAGAGGGAAGAUCAAAUUUGAUAGCAUUUAGUAUCGUUUCAAUUUUUGCUUGUUUUUUUAUCAUUACUCUAAAUAGUCUUUAUAUUUUUAUUGUACUGUGCCGAAAAACGUUUAGACAAACUGUGAACCAGUUAUACUUACUGCUGUCAACUGCAGAUAUGAUGUCUGGUAUAGCUUUACUGUUCGUCUAUAUCAACCUUCUACAUGGCUUUCUCAAAAGGAAUCCACCAUGUUUUAUCAUAAAAAUAUGGACGAUUAUUGGCCACGCGUAUUUCUUCAUGUCGAUAUCAGCUGUGGGUUUUAUUUCAAUCGAGGCUUAUAUUGCGGUAUUUAAACCGUUUAUGUAUCGACGUAUUACUAAAAAGAGUAUUUUAACCAUCUGUUUGUUGAUUUCGUGGAUACCAUCCGUGGUACUAUCCAUGACGUCAUUAUUUGAAAGUUCUGUUUUUAUGUUGAUGUUGCGUUGUGUGACAGUGGUGUAUGGUACGUCUAUAUUCACCACAAUGCUUUUUUGCCAUCGAAGAGUUUAUGUGUAUAUACGCGAAAACAAUAAUAGUUGUAGCGAACAGAAGAAAAAAGCGGCAAGUGUUGCGUUACAGGUGCUUGUUGUUUGUGGUCUUUUUAAUAUACCGGCUGGUCUGGCAAUUAUACUAAAAGCCCUGUUCCCAGACUCUGCAGCAGUUGACACCUAUGUCAGAAGAUGGUGUGUGUUUCUGGUCUGCACAAAUGGAUUGUGGGAUACGUUCAUUUACGGUUUUCGUUCUUCUGCAGUGAGGAGGGAAUUAAUAGAAUUUUGUAAUCUUUUUACACGUGGUACAAGCAGAAGCAUCGCGACAAGUGUUGAAGUGAUAACAUAA